UCGCGGUGGAUGCUAAACAAACGUUUCGUUCCCUGUUAACAGUUUUGUUGUUGUCGAAACACUCGAAGCAAGUUUGGUAACUUUUUUUUUUUUUUGGGAUAUACCUGCCAGCGAAAUGGCUUCCACCGCGGCAGGCAAGCAGCGGAUACCGAAGGUGGCGAAGGUGAAGAAUAAAGCUCCAGCCGAGGUUCAGAUCACUGCUGAGCAGCUGCUGAGAGAAGCCAAAGAGAGGGAGCUCGAACUUCUGCCGCCACCCCCGAAACAGAAGAUUACAGAUGAGGAGGAGCUCAAUGAUUACAAACUCAAGAAGAGGAAGGGAUUUGAGGACAACAUCAGAAAGAAUCGCACUGUCAUCAGUAACUGGAUAAAAUACGCACAAUGGGAGGAAAGCCUGAAGGAGAUCCAAAGGGCUCGUUCCAUUUACGAGCGAGCGCUGGACGUGGAUCACCGCAACAUCACUCUGUGGCUGAAGUAUGCCGAGAUGGAGAUGAAGAGCCGCCAGGUGAACCACGCCCGCAACAUCUGGGACAGAGCCAUCACCAUCCUCCCACGAGUCAACCAGUUCUGGUACAAGUACACCUACAUGGAGGAGAUGCUGGGGAACAUCGCUGGCUGCAGGCAGGUGUUUGAGCGUUGGAUGGAGUGGGAGCCCGAGGAACAGGCCUGGCACUCCUACAUCAACUUUGAGCUGCGCUACAAGGAAGUGGACAAAGCCCGCACCAUUUACGAGCGAUUCGUCAUGGUUCACCCCGAAGUGAAGAACUGGAUCAAGUACGCUCGUUUUGAAGAGAGGCACGGCUACAUCGCUCACAGCAGGAAGGUGUACGAGAGGGCGGUGGAGUUCUUCGGAGAGGAACAUGUGGACGAGAACCUCUUUGUGGCCUUCGCCAAGUUUGAGGAGACACAGAAAGAGUUUGAACGUGUCCGGGUGAUCUAUAAGUACGCUUUGGACAGAAUCCCUAAACAACAGGCGCAGGAGCUCUUCAAGUACUACACGAUGUUUGAGAAGAAGUUUGGAGACCGGAGGGGAAUCGAGGACGUCAUCGUCAGCAAACGGAGGUUCCAGUAUGAGGAGGAAGUCAAGGCAAACCCACACAACUACGACGCGUGGUUUGAUUACCUCCGCCUGGUGGAGAACGACGCCGACCCCGACACAGUGAGAGAGGUUUAUGAGAGAGCCAUCGCCAACAUGCCCCCCAUCCAGGAGAAGAGACACUGGAAACGAUACAUCUACCUGUGGAUCAACUACGCUCUGUACGAGGAGCUGGAGGUCAAGGAUCCUGAGAGAACAAGGCAGGUGUACCAGGCCUGUCUGGAUCUCAUCCCACAUAAAAAGUUCACAUUUGCUAAGAUUUGGCUGCUCUACGCUCAGUUUGAGAUCCGGCAGAAGAACCUGCAGGGAGCCAGAAAGGUCAUGUUUUCAUAG